AUGGUGGAAAACGGUGGUUCCAGUGGUGGAAGCGAGAGUCCAAAUGCGACGUGCGCACGCUCAGGAUUGUUGGAGACUUUAGUGCGAGGUGUUUGGUACCGCGUACAUUGUUCUUUGGAAGAUGAUUACCUGAGCGUAUCUUUAGACGACGGCUACGACGCAACCACCACUCUUAAUGGAACAUUAAAUAACAAUAAUGUAGAAACACCAAACAGUGAUUUCACAGAGGUUCCUGAAGCUAUUGCGAAUCAGAAACGUCUGGUGCAAGUUGUAAAAUCUGACAAUAAUGGUUUAGGAAUAUCUAUUAAGGGUGGAAUAGAAAACAAUAUGCCCAUAUUGAUAUCAAAAAUUUUUAAAGGCAUGGCUGCUGAUCUUACAGAACAAUUGUAUGUGGGAGAUGCAAUUUUGUCAGUCAAUGGUGAAGACCUUAAAGAUGCUACUCAUGAAGAAGCUGUAAAGGCCUUAAAAAGAGCAGGAAAAAUGGUGCAGUUAGAAGUGAAAUACUUGCGCGAGGUGACCCCGUACUUCCGGAAGGCGUCCAUCAUCAGCGAGGUGGGGUGGGAGCUGCAACGGGGCUACAUGAUGGACGCGCCCCCGUCCCCGCCCUCCCCGCGCCGCAGACGCGCCGACACCCGAUACGUGCCACUUCUGAUGGCGUGCGUUGCGAAGAACCUGCGGCAUCACGACCCAGAGGAGCGCAUUAUCGAGAUAUACUCGCCCGACGGGGUGCACGCACUGGCUCUGCGCGCUGGCUCGGCGGGUGCGGCGGCUGGCUGGCAUCGGGCGCUGCACGCGGCCGCGAGGCGAGCGGCCCGCGCCGCACUGGCUCGCGCCCGACCCCGCUUGCGUGCGCUGGUCGGGGAGGUGCGCUACGCUGGCUGGCUGGCUCGCCGACCGCCCCAGGACAUUAUGGGAGCCUCGGGCGGAUCGGACAGUUCGGACGACCUGGACGGUUGGGUGCCUACCUUCGUUGCCAUCACCGAUCGCGAGUUGAGGCUGUACGAGGCGGCGCCGUGGUCGGCGGAGGCGUGGUGCGCGCCCACCGAGAGCUUCGGGCUGGCGGCGACGCGGCUCGCGUGGUGGCGCCGCGGCGGGCCCGACGAGGCGGAGGGUGGCGGCGGGGGCGGGGGCGGCGGCGGAGGGGGCGGCGGGGGUGGCGGGGGGGUGAGCGGGGGCGCGGCCGCUCUGGGGGUGCGCGCGGGCACGCCGGCGGGGCUGUGCGUGCGCGCCCUGAGGGCGGACACGCCGCACGACCUCGCCGCGGUGGCGGGCGCGCUCGUGGACGGCGCCCACCACGCGGUGAGGGCGCAGCCCGAGUUCACCUUCCGGUGCCGGUUCCGCGGCGCGUGCGCGCGGCUGGCGCUGGGCGCGGGCGGCGUGUGCGUGUGGGAGGCGGCGGGCUCGCUGGGCCGCGGCGGCGCGCGCGCCCUCUACCGCCGCCCGCUGCACGCGCUGCGCGCCUCCGCCGACGACGACCGCGCCGCGCUCUGGCUGCACUUCGCCGACGACGACACGCUGGAGCUGGAUAUGGAAGGCAGCCCGAAGCCGGCCGUGUUCAUCCUGCACAACCUGCUCUCCGCGAGGGUGCACUCGCUGCCAGGGGAAGAGGUCGCCGACCCGCUA